AUGUCUACCUAAAGUAUUCAGUUUAAAAACUAAUUCGAUGAAUAGAAGUCUCUUAUUAACAGUUUUUAAAAAGCUAUUAAAGAUGGAGAUGAAAAAAUUGCUAUUAAUACCUUUUUAAAUAUCUUAAAAUACGAUUAGAGAUAUUGCAUUCAAAUAGAUAAAUUCGACAAAGAUUUAUAUGAGAUUAAUUCUAAAAAGCUAGGCUAGUAAAAUACCUUGGAAAUGUAACCACAUUUGAAGUAGCUACUUGAGUAGGAAAGGAAAAAAGAUUACGAACAAAUUUACAGAGAAAAAUUAAAAUAUGAAAAGGAGGAGGAAGAGAGAUAAAAAGAACUAAAGAGAUAAUAGGAAGAGUAAGAAAAAUAAUAAAAAAAAGACUAGCUAAUAGAUAAUAAAAUGAACAUAAUAUAUACUUUGUAAAAUGAACAUUAAAAGGAAACAACUUUAUUAGAUAAGAAAGUAUAAUAAAACUAAUAGUUAAUUUAUGAGAUAAACAAGCUUAAUUAGCAACCAAUUGCUAAUUAAAUCAAUGAAAAUAAUUUUCAAAAUGAUCAUAACAGUAGCGAAAAUGAUUCUGAUGAAGAUAAUGACUAAGUAACAGAUUAUGUACACCCAUAAACCCUUAAAAAGAAUGUUGAUGGUGAUGAUGAUGAUGAAGAUGAUGAUGAUGAUGACGAUAUUGAUAUAGAAAAAACAAUUGCAGGUCCUAAAUAGCCUCAAAAUAGGUUUAAGGCAAAACUUAAUAAUAAAAAUUAAAAUUCUGAUGUUUAAUAAAUAUCAUAAUAACUUUAAAAAGUGUAAAUAGAUGGCAACUAAAUUAAAGUGCCAAAUAAUAUUGCAUAGCCAAAUCCUGGAUAAUAAAAUAUGUAAUAAAUCCAAUAACAAUAGCAAUUAUUGAACUAAUAGUAAUUGCUUACUAAUAAACAACUAUAACCUAACUUACAAUAAAAUUUGCUUAAUCAAUAACAGUAAAUACCUUAAAAUCCAUAGCAAAUGAUUUAAUAGCAACAGAGAUAAUAGCCUAUUUAGUAAUAAUUCAUGCCUAAUUAAAUUUAACAAUAAUAAUAAUUCAUGAAUAUUUAGUAAUAAUAAUAUUAAUAAUAGUAGAUGCAAAAUCAAUAAUUAUUGCCUUAAUAGUAAAGAUAACCGAAUCCAGUUAAUACUUAAUAAGUUGCUUCGUAGCCAGAGAAUCUAACAUAGAAUAAUUUAAUUAGAAAUUAAGCUGUAUAAGGCAAUUAGAUUUCUUAAUAGGACUUAAAUAAUCUUAAUUAAAGAAAUUAAGCUAUUGAUCCUACUUAAUACCAAAACAGAGACUAAAAUAAGUUGAAUUAUUAACCAACUUAAAACGUGUAGACUAAUAACUAGACAUCUAUCUCUCCAAACUACUCUUAAAAAUAAAUGUUUGCAAACUAAACUAAUGACUAAUAAAUGCCUUAGAGAUAGGUAAAUAAUAUCAAUCCUAUUUAAAACUAGAUUCAAGGUUAACAGAUUUAUGUUCAAAAUGCAAAUAAUGGAUAGUAAAGAUAAAUUAAUGAUAAUAAUUAGCCAGUUUAAUAAAUUUAGUAAAACCCUCCUUCAUCUCAAUAAAAUGUAAGAUUUGGUUCAAAUAAUCAAUAAAAUACUUCAGAUAUCUAACCUAAAUCAUAGAAGUUUAACUUUUAACCUUAGCCUAAUUAUAAUUAGAUGCCGUACUAAAAUAAUUUUUAGCAAAACCAAAAUUAAUUUGUAUAAAAACCAAAUUUAAUUUAAUAAUAAUUAUAAUAAUAAUAAUAACCACAACAAAGACCUGAUGAUAGAUUUAGCAAUUAAGCAUAAAAUAAUUUUUAAUUCUUAAAUGUUUCACAUAUGAGCAUGAGUAAUGUAAGUUAAAAUGAAUAAAGCGCCCUCAUGUAAUAAUCACUAUUAUAAUCAUAAUUAUAAUAGUAACAAUACUUCUAAUAAUAAAGCUAGUUCUAAUAGUAAUAGUGA